UCAUCUGAACCCUUUUAUUUAUAGGAUGGUGUGAACUCAAAAACAUUCAAGAGGUGUCACUCAUUAACAACAAUUUUGAGGGAACACUUCAUUUCUUGGAAACUUGACAUCUAAGUUGCGCGGACUCUUCCCUUCUGAUGCAGCAUCCAUGUCGGAUUCUCCAAAAAUACACUACUUUUGGAGAAUCCGACACGCCCCAAAUGACAUUUUUGAAGAAUCUGACCAAGGUAGCUUGACAUCGCUGCAAUGGCUGACUUGAUGGGAAUCACUUCACUGGAAAUAUAGCCUCAUAUCCUUUUAGGACACAUCACUUGAGUUCUUGGCUAUUUCAUAUAACAGAUUUGAAGUUCCACUAUCAUUCAAUCAAUUCACCAACAAUUCAAAACUUACCUACUUUGAUGUUGGCUAUAAUACUGUAACUACAGACUCCGAAUUCAAGAUUCUAGGUGCCAAAUUUCCAGUUGCAGUUUUUCGCUAUUCAGCGACGCAUAAACCUUCAAAGAUUGCCUUCUUUCCUCCAUUAUCAGCAUGACUUGACAGUUCUCUCUAUAGACAACAAUCAAUUGACAGGAAACUUUCCAACUUGGUUGUUAGAGAAUAACACCAGACUUGCAGGUCUUUAUGCAAGAGAUAAUGCUUUCAUCGGAACAUUGAAGUUGCCAUCCUGUCGUCAUCUCCAUUUAGAGGAAUUUGAUGUUUCUAAUAAUAAACUAAGCGGGCGUGUUCCAGCAAACAUAAGUUCAGACUUUCCAAAGCUUAAUAACCUGAACAUGUCACAAAAUUGCUUGAACAUAAGUCCUAUACGUUCAACAAGGCACUACCACAUUUCAUAUGGAUUUCUAAAUGACUUCAAUUUGAUGGAUGUGGAAACCCAGGUUCAGUUUUCAACAAAAAGAAACUCAUACACUUAUAAGGGAAGCAUUCUGAAAUAUAUGUCAGGUGUUGAUCUCUCAAGUAACGGAUUAACUGGUGAAAUUCCCGUUGAGCUAGGGAACUUGAGCAAAAUACAUGCAUUUAAUCUAUCGCGCAACCAUAUCUUUGGCAAAAUCCCAAAUAGCUUCUCCAAUUUACAUGAAAUCGAGAGUCUGGACCUAUCCUACAACAGCUUGAAUGGGAGAAUUCCUGUUGGCCUGCUUGAGCUACACUCUUUGGCGAUAUUCAGCGUAGCAUACACCAACUUAUCUGGUGCAGUACCACCAUUUGAAGCUCAGUUCUCAACUUUUGACAAAAGCAGCUACCAGGGGAAUCCUUUGAUUUGUGGAAGUGAGGAAUCUGCAGGCCUUACGGAUACCCAGAGUUUCUACAUCGGCUUUGCUGUGUCUUCUGGAGUGAUCUUGCUGAGACUAGCUGCAGCACUCUGCUUCAAUUCUUAUUGGAGAACAGCAUGGUUUGGGCUUGUUGAGGUUUUGAUGCUUAAUUCUUACUAUUUUCCCUUCGACAAUGUUGUUACACCCAUCAAGAGUAGAUGGUGGAGGAAACUUGUUCUCAUUCUUAUUGUAUGGACAAGUAGAUGAAGAGGGUUCAGACUCAAAAUAUUGGA